AUGGAGGCAGCAAUGUCUAUUAUGGGCGGGCGCAAGGACCGCCACCAGCUGUUGAAUGGGAUCCCGCAGUCGCAGGCCAGCAUGGCGCUAGGGAGAAGCGCGUUUAUUGAUGUCACCAAGGAGAUACCCUUAGAUGCGCAGCCGCAGCCCGGCGCCGUGUACGACGGCGGCCAGCCGCAUAUCAACAGCAUGAGCAGUUACCAGAUGCCGCCUUCAGCGCCGGGCUCGCGCCAUCAGUCGAUGUCCUCCGCAAUCGGCCGGCGCUUCAGGAAGCCGCAUUUUGCGCAUGCGCGCCGCGGCUCCAAAGAUGCGGCUGGCGACAAUGACGACUUUAACGGUGACGCUAAUGUCGCGAUGAGCGGCGCUGAGCCGGACAUGUCUCUGGGGGAUUUAAGGCACCUUCGGGGCGGCGGGCGGUACGGUGGCGCGGCGGCUAAUCCGAAUUCGUCGAUAGACACGCUAUCGUAUGUUCCCACGUACAACGGGAUGCCUGCGGGCGCAGGCGCAGGUGCGAGUGCGGGAAUGGGAAUGGAGAUGGGCAUGGGCCCCGGCGCGUUUGCGCAGGGCAAGGGUCGCCAGCUGGCGCAGAUGUCGAACACCGCAUACCGAAAGCAGCAGAUGAUGCAGAAGAAGCUGAACGCGAUGCGCAUGGCGCAGCGCGGUGGUGGUGCGUACGCUCCCGGCGGCGCAUAUGCUCCCGGCGGCGGCGCACCCCGCACAAUGAGCCUUCAGUCGUUUGGCGGCGCUGGGUACGGCCGGCGUAUGGGGCCACCUGGCGCUUAUCAGGGACAGCUGCGUGGGCCAGGCACAGGACCUAGCACAGCGCAGGGACACUUGAAUAGCAUGAGCGCAUUGAGCCCUCGCCCGCGGAUGCACGGCGCAGGCAUGCAGCCAGGAAUGGGCGCUCCAGCGCAGCCGGGACCCCCAGCCGGGUACCCGCGCGCAAUGUCGAUGCAGACCACAGGGUACUACCGGCGCGGGGCAAAUGCGCCCGCAAGGUAUAACGGCGCCGUGCCUCAGUUCCGCCGGCCGCCAUUUGGAAAUCCCUCCGGCCAGCCCCGCGCGCGGAGGAUCAGUCCUUCCGAUUCGCAGAAUUCGGCUUCUUCUUUUUCGGGGGGUGAGACUGAGAAAAAUAUGCAGAUGCAAAUGCAAAAUCAGCUUCAUUAUCAAAAUCAAACUCAGUAUUCAUUAAAUUCAUCCCAAAGUGCUCAAAAUUCAUUUCAAGAUAUUCCGAAUCCAUCCCAUUCUCCUGAUCCAUCCCAUUCUCCUGAUCCAUCCCAUUCUCCAGAUCUAUCCCAUUCUUCAAAUCCAUCUCAUUCUUCAAAUCCAUCUCAUUCUUCGAAUCCAUCCUAUUCUCCAAAUCCAUCCCACAAUUCAAAUCCAUCCCACACUACAAAUACAUCCCACGCUCCAAUUCCUCCUCAACAUGCUCCAAUUCCACCUCAACAUGUCCAAAACCAACCAUUUCACAUCCAAAAUCAGGACACAUACAACAACUCGAGAACACCAAUCCAGAAUUCAAACCCAUCAAGUCUAAACUCAGGUACUCUGGAUCCAGGAAGCAGGCAUGCCGAUUUCAGCCAGAACGGCCAGCAAAACCUGCAGAAAACAGCACAGCAAGAAAAUCAACCAAGAAAUUCUAGAAGCAGCUUUUCUCAGGAGCUGGGUUCUGUUCCAGAACAAAGGGGACUAUACGUGGAAAGAGGAGAAAAAACAGAUUCUCGGCCGAAAAACCAGAAAAGACAACUUGCAAAUCUUGCAGAUGGAAAAAUUCCGGCCCCAAUGCACUCGAAGCCAUCGCAACUUCCUCCAGAUCCUUCUAGAAGCAGCCGGAACAGCUUUGGCUCUAUUUGGGAUGAGUAUGGCUAUGAUGAGAAGGAUUUCUUUGCGGUUAAGAGCGAAAAGAGUUCCUUUAGGGAAAAUGACUCUGCUAGAGAGAAGGAUUUUGGGGAUAAGAGUUCUUUUAGAGAAAAGAAUUCUUCUAGAAACAAUUAUGGCAUCAAUCAGGAUAAGCAUGACAUUUAUCAGGGUAGCGAUUACAGUUAUCAGGACAAUUACGGCAUUCAAACAAGUCAUAUUAAAGCAAAUCAGAUUCGGGCAAAUAAUGAUGCUUAUCAAUCAAAUCAUGGUAUUCCUCACAGCCAAAACAGGCCUGAAGAUAACUACCCGAACCGAGAGACAAACUUGAAACCUGCCUCAGCAAAAGGAAAGGUGUUUAAACCUCAGACAGGUCACGUGAAGGUGAACAGGUACGAUUUUAGCGAUAGUGAUGAUGAGGAGGAAACAGAGGAAAACUUUGAAAGAGUACCUGAGCCUAAGGCUCAUUCAGUUAAGGAUUCGCCAUUCAGAUCCAGCAGUAGUAUACUUGAGGGGAAAAACACUGGUUCUUAUUCAGCAGGAAAAAGUGCUUUUAGAGGUGGAUCUAGAAGUGGGUCUGUAUCUGAGAGAUCUAGAGGUGGAUCUAGAAGAUCACCUAGAAGUGGAUCUAGAAGAUCAUCUAGAAGUGUGUCGAGAAGAUCAUCUAGAAGUGUGUCGAGAAGAUCAUCCAUAUCGAGAACAUCCUCGCAAUCAUUACCAUAUGUGCCAAAUCAGGCUCAGACUGAGUCUUUUAAGGUUCCUGCAGCCCCAGCGUUGGCUAAUGAUACAUCCUCGUUUACUUCUUCGUCUACUUCGUACAGUGAUUCGAUCCGAAAGACGCCUGAUAUGACUCUUAAGACGUCUGGCGGCCGGGAUGAUGAUAGUGAUGAGAUUGAGCAGUUGAGUCUUGAUAAUGGGGAGGCGAAGAAGGAGCAGAGUGAGAGUUAUAAAAGUGAAGAGAAGGAGAGAAGUGAGAGUUAUAGGAAUGGAGAGAAGGAGAGGAGUGAGAGUUAUAGAAAUGAAGAAAAGGAGAGGAGUGAGAAUUACAUAACUGACGAAAAGAAGAGAAAUGAAAAACCUGAAAAAUUCAAUGAAAACAACACUAUUCAAAAAAGCACAGGCAGCGGAAUGAGCGGCAGUCUAGACUUUAGAGAAAGCCCCAAACACAGAGAGAACAAAAGUAGGGUGUUCGAUCCUCAAGUGUCGAAACAGGCGACUUUCGGAAAUCCUCUGGGUGCAGUGAGCGACUCGGACGCGUCGAUUAGCGACGAUACCGACAGCAUCUCGGUUCGGCGGUCUUUCAAAGAGAAGAGACUUCCCCAGCAUCCUGCAGAUUCUACAAGUAGUGGAUCCGGCUUGGGAAUGCCAAAUUCUUUUGGAUCCAGCUUGCACUCCAAAGCUUCCAAGACAUCCAGCAAUUUGACCCGGAAGCCACCUCCAUUGCCGAAGGAUCCGGCCUCCGAAAUUCGGCAAAUGCAGUUUUCUAGCCUUUCGCCGAACCCACAGGCCGUUAUUCCAUCUCCAACUCCCCAAAAACAGUCUUCCGAGGACCAUUUCGGAAACCAUCGCCGGUCAUCAAGCAGGCAUAAGAGCAGUAACACGUUGUCAAGCAUUGAAAAUGCAAUUGCCAGAUCUCCGAGGGUUGCUGGAGCCAAACAUUUCUUCAGGAAGCUUGCACACAAGAAUAUCCGGCAUUUGUCCCGGGGACAUUCUUCCAGCGGCGAUAAAAUUAGCGGUGAAGAUUUCAACAAGCACGUUAGUCGGCCUUCUGUUGAUUUCAACAACUAUCCUCCGUUGCCUGAGAAGAAGGGAGAGAGGCUUUCUGUCAAAGUGAACGCACUUCCUAAAGCAGGUGCACCUUCUAAAGAGAAUGCACUUCCUGAGACAAAACCACAUUUUAAAGAGAAUGCACUCCCUGAAACAAAACCACUUCCCGUUCCUUCCGAGCUUCGUUCGCCAGUGAACUUGAAGCAUCCAUCUUCACCAAAUUUGAAGGUUUCUUCACCGGCAAAACGGCAUGUGGAGAACACACAGCCUCCACUUCCUCCCCCAAAAUCACCUACCCAGGAUUCAUUGAUGAACUACAGACUCACACUUCGCAUUUCGCAGGAUGAAGAUGAAGAUGCAGACUCCGACCACCGGUUGUCGAAAUUGUUGGGAAUGAAUACAGAUGUGGGCAGUUUGAAUAACGAAAAUACUGCAAAGACUUCUCCAAAAAGGCGGUUUAAGCGUGGCUCACCUUCGAGUUUGGUUGCAGAUAAGCGGUACACAAACCUCAGUCAGCUGACCAGAGGCUCACAGAACACGAAAAGUGUUGAAGAUGCCAGUCAACCUGCCAAGAAUACUCCCAACGGGAUGAGAAAUGAGUCCACAGAGACACAGGCGGAGUCAGGCGAGAAUUUGGACUUGCGACAGUACUUGGACCCAUCGCAGCAAGGUAUUCUUACAGAUACAGAGAAGAUUAUGCGCGAGUUGCAAGUCGUAUCGACAGAAUUGGCCAGCUCGAUAUCCAGAGAGCUUUCAUUGGAGAGCAAGCUGAAGUCAGAGGAAAAAUUGAGUCCAUCGAUUCUUUAUGAGACGAAUGCAGGCUCCAAGAUCGCAGAUUUGGUGAAGCAACUCAACGGUGAGCGAAACAAGAGAUACGCAGUUGAGCAAACGCUUCUCAAGGUUGCAAACGGCACCAGCUUUGGAUCUGAGGUCACCAGAUUGAACUACGAAAACAGUGAGUUGCGAAAACAGGUGGUGGACCUGGAGGAAGGCCAGAAGUCCAGCAGCAAGAAGUUGCAGAUGCUACUUGAAGAGAAAGAGAGUCUCAGUACGAAACUGGAUGACAUGACUGAGCAGUUCAAGAAUUUGACAAACAACGUUAUUCCAGGCCUCAAAAAUCGCAUAGAGAUCCUGUCAAGCAGCAAUGCACCCAAGGAAUCGCUGGAAGAGCAAGUGUCAUCACUUAAAUUGCAGAAUGAGAACCUCAAGCAGAAGCAGGUGACCCAGGAUGACGAUAAUACAACCAUCAAGAAGCAGCGUGACUCACUUAGAGAGGCCAUCAAGAGCCUAAGAGUCCAGAAUGAGGUCAACUUGAGGUUGCAUACCGAAAAAGUCAAGACUUUGGAGCAGCGUUUAGGCACUCUUUCAACCUUGAAUGCUGAAUUAUCCAAGAAGAUGAUGGCUUCCGGAUUAGUCAGCCGAGGCGAUCUUAGUGUGAUGAGUUCACCAAAUGUCAGAAAUAAUACUUCAUUCAACCAGAAGGCAUGA